AUGGCGGAAUCACCAAAGCAGCACAUUGAUCGAGUUCGGAGGACUAAGUUUUCAAUCGGUGGAGCUGAUAAUCCGUUGACGGAGGAUCUUCAUCAGGCCGUAAAGAAUCUCUCCGCUGAGCUCUAUGCAAAAGAUGUUCACUUCCUCAUGGAGCUUAUCCAAAACGCUGAGGAUAACGAGUACGUCGAAGGUGUGAAUCCAUCACUUGAAUUUGUCAUCACAUCUGAAGACAUCACAGCCACCGGAGCUCCAGCCACUCUCCUUAUCUUCAACAACGAGAAAGGUUUCUCUGAGAAGAACAUUGAGUCCAUUUGUAGUGUUGGAAGGUUCACCAAGAAAGGCAAUCGCAAACGUGGUUACAUUGGAGAGAAAGGAAUCGGAUUCAAGAGUGUGUUCUUGAUUACUUCUCAGCCCUAUAUUUUCAGCAAUGGUUAUCAGAUUAGAUUCAACGAGGCACCUUGCAGUCACUGCAGCCUUGGCUACAUUGUUCCUGAGUGGGUUGAGAAACAUCCUUCUCUUGUCGACAUACAAAGAAUCUACGGUUCUGCUUCUGUUCUCCCGACCACAACCAUAAUCUUGCCAUUAAAGAGUGACAAAGUUAAACCGGUGAAAGAACAGCUCUCUAAUGUCCAUCCCGAAGUUCUCUUGUUUCUCUCCAAGAUCAAACGCCUCUCCAUCAGAGAACACUGCCAAAGAUCCUAA